AUGUUAAUUAUCAAUAUACCUAAUUUAGAUACUAUAUUGAAAGUAUAGUUAGAAGAAGAUACUAUUGUUUCAGAAGUAUUAGAAAUAAUACAAGAAAAAAUUAGUUCAGGAACCUUAAAAAUAAAAAAUAACAUUAAGUAUAUAAUAGAUAUAUGAAACUUUAGUGUUAAUAAAAAUAUUAAGUAUUGGACUUGCUAUUCAUUAACUUAAAAUAAAGUACUAAAUCAUUAAGAAAUACUCAGAAAUUAAUAAACUGAAAAGCUUUAUAUCUAUUUUGAUUUUAAACAAAAUUUUUCUGAAAUUUAUGUUUCAAACUAAUAAGAUUAAUAUUAAAACACUUUUAAUUCUGAAUUAUCAACAGAUAGACAGACUUUUAAAUAAUCAGAGUUGUAAUAUUAAAACAAUAAAAUAAUAAUUUUUCUAGAUGGUAUUUAGUAAUUAAUUGAAAUGGAUAGUGGAACUUAAGUGAAAGAAUUAUUUGAAUAUUUAGCAAAAGAAAAAAACAUGUAAUAUAUAUUCUAAAUGAAUUUAGUGAUUUAUAAAAAAUUAAAAAUUGGUCUUGUUUCUCAGAAACAUAAAAUAGAAAAUUGAAACUAGAUGAUAAAAUUGGAAAUAAUCCAAAUGAAGUUUUCUAAAUAAAAACUGUUCAACUCUAGCAUGCUCAAUCAGCCAAAUCUUUCGAUUUCAAAUUAGAAAAUUUUUAAGAUAACAUUCUCAAGACUCAAUAUAUUCAAGAGAGUCCUGAACUUCUGUUUUGCUCAAAAACUAUUACUCUCACUAUUGAAGUUCAUGACAAUAUAUAUGUUAGAAAACUCACUGCAAUGUUUCUUAUAGAUUGUUAAGUAGAGAAAAUUGCAAAAGAUGUUCUUAGAUUUUGCUCUCUUACUAUGUUAUUUAUUUUUAAUAUUUUAGAGAUUAAGUUUCUGUUGACUUAUUUAUUAAUGGUUAGUAAUUCAACAAUCCAGACAAGAGAGCUUUGACUCUUUAAGAAGCUAAUUUAAAUAGAGAUGCAAAAAUAGUUGCCAGAAUUAGAUGGAUUAAUUGA